GGCGGGCGCGGAGGAAGCAUAACAAAAACAGAAAAGCAUGCCGUCUGUGGGAACCAGCAGCGAAAGUAGCUGCAACGGUGUGGAAAAACCUCGGCGUUCCGUAUUUGCGCGUGCUUGGGCAAGUGCGGAAAAAUGAGCGUAUUUUUGCGGGCAACGGACUGUGUCAGGGACACAGUCGCCGAACCUGAAGGCGCGUUCACCGUAUUCAAGGUUCAGAGAGAAAUGCAGCGUCUAAUAUGAGAGCCGCCGCAGUUGUAGCAUUCUCAACAACAGAGGAUCACAGGCGUGCGACAGGUGACAUCAGCUGCCAUCAAUGCUGUCUGCGUGGUUGACGUGCUGCGCGCUGUGGGUCUGCGCCCACAGCAGCUCGCCCCCGCUGCUGCUGGUUCUGUCGCUCGAUGGCUUCUGGUACAAGUACCGCUCUCUCUACAAGACGCCGCACCUGGAUCGGCUGGCUGCCGAAGGCGUGCAGGCCGAGUACCUGCGCAAUGCGUACGUGACGAAGACCUUUCCCAACCACUUCACCAUCGCUACGGGCCUUUACGAAGAGAGCCACGGUAUCGUUGGUAACGUAAUGUUCGACCCCGUGCUGAACGACACCUUCGACGAGUCGAGCCGCGAUCCCAAGUGGUGGGACAACGGCCACUCCCUGCCCAUCUGGGCGGCCAACCAGCUGCACGGUGGCCGCAGCGGCAGUAUGAUGUGGCCCGGCGGCGACGUGGCCAUUCACGGCGUGACCGCGCACUACGCGCAGCGCUACGACUCGUCGUUCAACUUCAGCGAGCGCGUCGACCGCGUCAUCAGCUGGUUUUUGCAUCCGCGGGAGCCGGCGAAUUGCGUCUUUUUCUACUACGAGGAGCCCGAUGCGACCGGUCACCAAUACGGGCCGCUGUCUCCUGUCACGGGUGCGCGCGUCGAGCAAGUCGACGCCCUGGUGGGUGAGCUGGUGGCAGCGCUGAAGCGAGCGAAACUGUGGGACCGCAUUCACCUGAUCGUAGUGAGCGACCACGGCAUGGCGCCUGUGACGAGGGUGUCUGCGUUGGAUGAGGUGCUGCCGCCUGACUCCUUCCGUGCCUACGGCACGAGCCCCGUGUGGAACAUACUUCCGGCACAGGGUCGCGAGCACGAAGUGUACACAAGGCUUUCGGAAGCGGCCGCGCGACUCCACAUCCGAGUGUACAGGUCGAACGAGAUUCCGCCCGAGUACCACUACCGACACAAUGUACGCAUCCUUCCCAUUCUGGCCGAAGCUGAGCCAGGAUGGGACUUGGUAAUCACGAAGAAGUCGGAGAGAGAAAAUCGUACCUAUGGAAACCACGGCUAUCGUCCCAGCCUAGACUGGAUGCGGCCACUUUUUGUGGCUAGAGGCCCAGCACUGAAGAAAGGCCAGCACGUGGGUCCACUGGCAAGCGUGCACCUCUAUCCGUUCAUGGGCCACCUGCUAGGCCUGCCGUCAUGGCCGUCCAAUGGGUCUUUGCAUGCUGUGCGGCACAUGUUCCAGCCGGCUCCUAGCAACCUACCCCUUCUGCUGGCUGCUGCCAGCGUGUUCCUGUGUACCACUGUGGGCCUGGUGGCGCUGGUUGUGUGCGGCCAGCCGCACAGCAAUUCCAGCCAAGAAGAUGAGGAGCCCCUGCUGCUGCUUUCUGCCUGAGGCUACCCUGCCCCGGCACAUGUCUAGUCCAGCAACAAUCCAUUGUUGCCAGUAUAGCCUCUUUUAAGGCGGGACGUGGCAGCUAAGAUAAUUUCGAUUACCUACACACGAAAUCUGGUGAAAUUUGACAGGAAUGAUAUUUUACGGCAGCGUUAAAACUAAGAGUGGCCCUCUUAAGGAUGCUCUUGUACACUCGUCAAGUUACGAGGUUCAUUCAAGUUAUAAAUACCUUGAAUUUUAAACAGAACAGCAGAUGAUAAGGGCAUAACCUUCUCCUCUAUAGCGCUAUUCAAAAUUCCAGAUUACAACCCAAAAAGCUCAAAUUGCAAAUCAAGUUGCGAAAUUGAAUGUGGCCAAGUUAACCGACUGCAUGAAAUAUUUAUUUGUAUACUUAUGCCCAUAUUUUUGUGCUUCACAACUGUCUAAAUGAACUGCAGAGGGCCACAGGAAAAAAAAAUUGAAAAACCAAAAAUUUGAUAAAGCCACCAGUCUUAAUUGCCACGUCCCUCCCUUCGUGUGGCUUGCAUUCACUGCAUUAGUUCUCAAAGGGGCUCGUUUGCUUGAGCUGCCUUUGUGGUAUCAGAGUACAACGAAUGUUCCCGUCUAUCAUGGCACUGAGUUCUGGCAAUUUUAGCUGAGGGUAGUACAGAAAGAAAAAAGAAAGGCAUUGCUAAAAAGUGUCACCUUACCCGGUACAUUGAUCGGUUGAGUACUGCACUGCCUGAGCUAGUUUGGGCUGCCAGCACUGACUGAUUUCAUGAGGCACUGUGUGUGUUUGUGUAUGGAGUCAUUCACUGUUAAAGUAAACAUCUCAUUAACACUCAAGGCAUAAAAACUUCAGCCUUGAUUCUCUCCUUAAACUGAAGAAAGUGGCCAAUCUAGUGCAUUAGGCUGACGUCCGUCAGUGAAGGUCUUGAAUAUUAGUGCAGUGUUUCCAUUACAGUGAAUGACCCUGUACGUGCUGGUGUCAGAUACCACGACACGAGUAUCAGUGACAGGCGGACCUAGUGUAGCUCAUGUUUCAGAGACCUGCUUACAUAUCUGUACCAUAACUAAAGCAUUAUCUGUGUUCAUUUUACUGAACCGUACAGUUUAAUAUGCAUUUUUUUUUUUUUUUUUGCUGCGGCACAAUCUUUCGUAUACUGCAGCUCUUCACAGAGCAAAUAACUGUUAACUUACGAUUUCCUUUCAAGGUGACUUUUAUUAUUGUUCGCUCUUUUGGCAGUGAGACUUUCUUUACUAUACGUUUUAACUUUUAUCAACAUUCUUUUGUCGCUUACUUUUUUCUGGUGUGGCUCAUUGCUCAUAACUUUAUUAAGUCUCACUACUAAGGAGAUCUCAGGCCUAUACCUGUUUUGGUGCGUGUUGCACCUAUAUUGCUAGACAUCACAGCAAUGAUACAUGUGAGAUGGCCAAGCAUAAAGCCGCUCAAGCUUGCCAUCAUCACCUCAAGAUCUGUGAUGGCUUUUUGAAAACAAGGGGCUGUGAAGAAGCCAAGGCACGAAUGAUGGUAGCAAUGUAAGAAUAAGAGGCUAUCUACUGUCUACAAUGAGCAGUUUGCUAAAAUUUUGCACAGACCCGAGUGGCAUUAUGAGCUGUGGGAUGUGAGGAUGAAAUAGCUUUAACUGGACUCUCCUGUUGCCUCUAAAAUGUGGCGGGGCAGCACCAACUAACUGCAUGACGUGUUGGAUGACUGGAUAGUGUUGCUCUGUGUUUAGUGUGUGCACAAGUCGUUUUAAUGACUUGCAUUUCAUGUCCAAGGAAGUGGCUGAUAACACUCGCUGUAGCCAUUUUAGUCAAAGUAUAGUCUCAUUAGAUUGCACCUUGUCUUCUCAGCUAUACUCUACUCAAGCUGACAAGACUCAAAAUUGAUAUUAGCAACUAAAUUAGCCAACAGAUCUGUUUCUCAGGUGCAUCUAGAAAGCUGUGUUUCUCAUGCUUUUUCUCCAUUCAAUCAUAUGAAAACUGCUUGCUAACAGAACAGGUGCAAAAUGUUGCAAUCAGAAGUCUUGUCCAGAAUGAUGAAAUGUCUCUUAUUCACAUACUUUGUUUAGGAAUGUAUAUUUGUGGAGUGCCAGAUAUGUCAGUGUGAUUUGCAUGUCCAAUUAUGGUUAGAUAACACUUUUAAACUUCACUUCUGUGUGUCCUUUAUUUUUAGGAAGGACUGUCUGUUCUUUCUAUAUAAACUUUUUUUCUGUAUAACUUUUGAGUUGACAGCAAUGUUUCACAGAUGUGGGGUGCACUGCUAAUGUGCUCAUGAAUGCGAGUCAACCUAAUGUCCGAGCACUGAUUCAAAAGGGCCAUGGCAUCAGUUUUUCCAGCAAACCUUUAGACGCAUCUUUUACAACAAACGCACUGUGCAGAACUUGAUGCAGGCUUGUGAACGUUAUGAUGGCCUUGCAUCACAUAUGUGUGCUCCAUAUUGUAUGUAUGCAUAUUUAUGCCAUCCCUCAAUUUUCAGUAUGCUCAUUUUUGUACAGCCUCAUAGAUAUCCAUGUGCUUGAAGAUAAGCACUUUUUGCCUUUGUAAAUACAACAGCUGACUUCAUGUAAUGAUUUUGGUGGCAGAGAAUGGUAAGGCCGGUACCAAUAUUACGGUAUCAUCUGCAGCAAAGAACUUUGUGAAAAAGAUGUUGGAGCUUUUGUUUUAAGUCUGGGAUUGUUAAACUUACUGUGUACUUCUGUUUCGGAUCAGUUAUAUGCAUACGAACCAUGGUAUUCGUAAAGGGAAUGCUGCAGUGCAAUACAGUGUUUUUUAACGUCAUGGCCCUUUUGAUUAAUGAGCCUCGACACCCAGAAAUGGAAAGUCUCACUAAAGCAACUUGUUGCUGUUGUGUUGUUAAGUUUUUGGUUGUGAUCUGUUCAGAAAUGUAUUUUUGAAAGUUUGUUUCUACAGUACAGUUCAAUAGAUGUCGGAAAAGGCAGAGGUCUGGCAUGCACACAAAUGCCAGUUUUUCUGGUAGUUUUCUUAAACAUUUGUUCAGUCAUACAGUUAUGCAGGGUGCCCCAGCUUACAUGUGCCACAUUUUUAGAGUCAGGCCUUGUAUUUUAAAUAGUUGUUAGCAGCCAUGUAUAAAUAUGCUUUCAGUAUCUUUACACCACAAUGAGGGCAUUGGAUUUGUUACUUUUUAAACUGUGCAUGUUUGCUGGGACACCCUGUAGAGAUUUUAAGUUGCACUUUUUCACCACUCUGUUGGGUUUGUAUUUCUGUUGUUUUAUGAACACACGACAAUAUAGUAUUGUUUUACAAUGUUGUGAUAUUUAUUAACAGAACGUGAAUGUAAAUUAAAAAAAAAAAAAAAACAGCUGCAUGCCAUAAAAAUAGUUCAUGGCAUUCACAUCACUGUUUCGUGCACAGAAUAAAAUUGUUGAAUUGCA